CACAGCUAACAGCAUUAGUAGAUAAGGCUACGUGUUUAGGAAGGCGUACUCCAGGUGUAACCGUCAUCAUUAUUUCAAGGUAAUGAUUUUCAAUCUUCCAACGCGCUGCUGUGAAAAUACCGAGACACCCUACAGUUGGGCCAAAGGGAGAGCGAAUGUUUACCUAACAAUCAACACCCACUCUUCAUCGUACCGAUAGUUCAGGCUACCAUUAGGUCGUCUUCUUAUACGUUCACGUUUGCGAAUAUCCAGAAACUCUUGCAAAGACAUCGGCUAUUUCCUGUAAUAUUCUCCAGAGACAUAACAAAGCACUUGAGGGCUGUUUCUCAAUGGUUGUUAUAAAUAGGUAUAACCUCUCGGAGAGAUGAUACAGUUUAACACAGAAGUUUAUCUAUUAAGUGUUUGAGUGUGCUAAAUCUGUGGAUGUUAAUUGACUAUGUAUUAUCGUUACCUUGUUUAAGGGUCGGUGGUCUGUGUAGUUUGUACGGAUACGUCUGGCCACCCCGACAUUUAUCGAUCUUUGUUGUUCCUAACUCCGUACUCGCGGAUCCUAUUGGUUGAGCUUUGUAUUAUAAUUCGUUUCGCUGAAGAUUAAAUAUAUUUAAUUGGUCGCCAUGCGUGCUCGAACUAUCUAUCAUCGAAGUGUUUGACGAACUCUUUACUAUUAUAAGACUACUGACUGCAAUUUAUACUUACGGAACAAUGAAUACGUGAAGACUGAAACCUGAAUGUUUAUGAAAAAAUCUUUAAAAUUUUCAGCUUCAAUGAUGUCACUAGAUUUCUAACUUAGACAACAUGGGAUGUAUUUACGCUAAGAGGAGGAAAGAGGCGUUACGAAAGGGCUUGGACAUUACCUCAAACUCACACAGAAAGAAAACUUAUCUCAAAAACACAAAUCAGUGUGACGGGUCUCCUCAACAGGCCCGGGGACUAACCGAGCCUGCCCCGGAAUUUACCGACCGCCAGAGGGAGCUAGUGGUGCAGACAUGGGGGAUAAUACAGGAAGAUAUGGCACGUGUCGGUGUCGUCAUGUUUAUGAAGCUGUUUGAGACUCAUCCAGAUGUACAAGACGUUUUCAUGCCAUUUAAGGGACAAUCCAAAGAGGAUUUGAAACACAGCUCACAACUCAAGGCACAUGCGUUGAGAGUGAUGAACACAGUGGAGAAAUGCCUUGGGCGGAUGAAUGAACCUGCAAAGCUACAAGAAAUGCUUCAUGACCUUGGCACGCGCCACGUCAUGUAUAGUGCCAAGGUCGACUAUAUUGACCUGAUCGGUCCCCAGUUUAUCUGGGCUAUCCAGAGUUCCAUCGGAGACCAGUGGACACCGGAAGUAGAACAAGCCUGGUCAGACCUAUUCAAACUCAUAUCACACUACAUGAAGGCAGCCAUGGUAUUCUGAUGUACCGUAGUAAACACGAGGCGAUAUCAAUCGAAUUUCCAACAAUCCAAGUACAUGUUAUCAAAGUGUAAAUAGUAUCAAUCAAUGUACAGUUUUAGAAACAGAUGAGUUAAUGUACUGAUAAAUGGCGAGGACAGGACAUGGGAUCUUUGGAAAAUGUGCAGGACUUAGACAAUUGUCCGAAAUACUUCAGUGCGUGUGCACUUGUCGGAAUGACUUAUAUGUAGAGUGGUGUGUGCGUCGAUCAUGUCCGGUGAAGUUAACUGAAGUAACAUGUUUGAUUCCCUAAGCGGACAGUUGGCAUGGGAUAUAUUUGUGUGAAAAGGCUGCCUCUACCUUUAGGUAGACGGUGGCGAUACGGAGCGUGAUGACACACUGUUCAUCUAAGUGGGAUUUUCACAAAUAACUAGUUUCAUUGGGUAUUGAUAUGUAAUGUUGUUGUAAAUAGACCGAUAGAAGAGGGCGGAUUGUUACAUCUUAGUUAGAGAACUGACCAAAUGCACGAGUUUGUCUUUGUCAGACAUCUGGAAUAUUUUUGAUUGAUAACAUUACCUUAUCAUUAUAAACAAUAAAUCAAACAUCAUUUGAUAGAUUUUUUUUCAUAUCAAAAGGUGAAAAAUAUACAUAAUGAACAAGAACUGAUGUCAACGUCAAAACGUUGUUGCUAUUAUUUGUAGAUAUACAUGUAUGUAUCUUUCACUUCAUUAUCCAAAAUCGUAAUGCCCGUGAAUGUAAGUACGACGAACACAAAACGUGAUCCGUAGUACGCUGUGUAUAUAUAAAAGCACGGAUAUCUGGUAGCAUUUUCCUAAUCUCCUUUUUUAAAUAAGUUUAACCCGAAGAAAUAGAUCCUUUACAGAAAGCCAUCUUUCUUUCCUCUUCAUAUAAACAGCAAAUCCAGUCAAAACAUUGAUAUUUUACAGGCCUAUGAAUUCCUACUAUGGUGCAAUUUAACAGAAAUUACUUGAUGAACUUUCAGUAUGUUUCAUGUCAAACUGUCGGACUUGCUGUUGACAUGUAAUUUGGUAAGCUUUUUGUAAAUUUCACCAAAACAUACAAAAAAAACAUGUUUCAGGGGAUAUUAUUACCUCAUUUGUGUCGCAUAUAUUGCACAAAAUAGCCAUGUCGUUUUGUUCACAAGUGUUCGAAGCAAAAAAUAGGAGAAUUGGUUUGACCAGAUUUGAUUUCACAGUAUGUAUAAACACUGUUUUAUCUUGACCUUGAAAUUUAAAUGACAGCCGUAAAUAAUAUCACAAAAAUAGGGCAUAUAAGGUAUUUCAAACAUAAGAAAAAUUGUAUUAGACACUCUUGACAAUGCAACAAGACUGCUUUUAGAAAAAAAAUGUUCGACUGUUGAGUUUGAAGUAAAAUAUGCCUAUUUCAAAAAGAGGCCACAAACUCACUAUCUUAACAAUUUGAUUUAAAAAGAACCAUCUUACUAUAAUCAGAUGUCUUAAAAGUAUGAUAAAGGAGGAUUUAAUUGAUUGAAAUGCCUCCCUUUAUACACUAUUUGUGAAAUAUUAUUCACAGCCGUCAUUUGCAUUUCAAGGUCAAAACAAAAUAAGCAUUGUUACGUACAUAAAGUCAAAUUCUGUCAAACAAAUGUUCCUACCCUGUGAUAUAGACACUUGUGAGCAUAACAGCUCGGCUAUUUUUCAGGUUUGGUCAUUUUUGUGACUCAGAAUUAUAUUCCAUGUUACACCAUAACACAAAGAAAUUCUUAAGAAGAAAAAUGAUAGCAUCUACAGCAAAUUCUGAUUGUGAUUGUAAGAAACUACAUGUCCUAACUAACAUUUUGGUAUAUUACAUUACUAUUUUUGUGCAAUUUUUUAUUAUAUAUUUGAAAUUCAAAAUUAUUUUGCUACAUAGAUGACCCUUAAGAAUUCAAUACUUAUCAGUAAUCAUACAUUAUUGGAUAAACAACAAUGAACUGUUUGCUCAUAUAUUGACACUUAUUAAAUAUUUCUGCUCAAAAUCUGUCUAACCUGAAUUCAAUAUUCCAUGCUUGAAUUACAUAAUGUAUAUAAUGAGUCCGGGAUAGCGACAAAAGCAACGUAAUUAAUCAUUACAGCUAUACAGACAGUGUCUGAAAGCUCGUUAUACCUGUUCUACCGACAGUGUACAACUGAGACAAACAAAAAUGGUUUUGUUUGAAUAUAGUGAUGAAUUAUAAUUCACUAAGAUAUUGAUAUGUCGAUCGGACAUACCCUAAAAUAGAAAUGAAAAACGCAUUACAUUCUUUAACUGCCUACCUCAAUGUUUACUUACAUUGCAACUAAAAAGAUCAUUUUACAUAGAUUAUCUAAUAUCUCUUUCUCCUUGGCAUAGUCUUACUGCUUAUUACAAACUGACAAAUCGGGGUGAGGGUUGAUAAGGAUUGAUUGAUUCAAAUUGAUAAAGAUUUAUUACUAUAAAUGUUUCUCACGACAGGUUGUAGUGAAAAUGGUUACUUUCCAGUCAUAUUGUAAGCAUUGUCAUAAGACUAUACCUGUUUUUUAACAAUAAAAUUUGUGACGUUUCA